AUCUAAACAAAUAUUUACAAAUCAAUCCUAUAUUUGUCCGAAUCCUUUCAAUCUCUCUCUCUCUCUCUCACUCACACACACACACACAUUUCCGAGAAGAGUCUCUUCCCUUCUCUCAUCAAUCACCAUUCCUAAUUUUUCAUUAUUCCUUCCUUUUUUAUCACAUUCUCUUUCCUUCAAAUCGCUCAUCCCACGUUCUUACUGCCUCCACCGACACCUCAUUCUUCAUCAGACCCUUGUACUAUUUUGUGAUUUUCAAAGCAUAAACCCCGUCACCAUUGUUCCACUUUUUGUUACAUUCAUAAUUUUAGGGGAGGAAAUAAGAUAGGAAAAAAACCAUCCAUUUUUUUCCACGUUUUUUCACGGCCCUUUUUCGAUGUUAUCGUUUUGUAGUUUGAAUCUCAUAGCUUAAUCCUCAUUGUGAAGAAAGUUUUGAGCUUUUAUUCAAAGCCCGGUUGUUUGUAGGAGGAGAAAAGUUAAAAGGGACAAUGCUGGAUCGGUUUUUGAGCCCGAGGCGAGCUCGGCAAAUGCAGAGGCUGGCGAAGAAUUUCAAGAUUACUCUUCUCUGCCUGUUUCUGACGGUCCUCGUUUUGAGGGGAAAUCUGGGUGCCGGGAAAUUUGGUACGCCGGAGCAGGACUUAAACGAGAUCCGGGAAACCUUUUCUUUUAUCGGCCGGCGAGUUGAGCCGCGUCGUGUUCUCGAGGAAGCCAGGCAGACGAAGAGUUUUUCGAUGAGAGGUUUAGGUCUAGGUUUUGGUGGUGGGUCUGAUAGUAAUAGUUAUGCAGAUUUUGAUAUGAAGAAGAUUAUAGCUGAUGAAGAGGAUGGCGAAAAUGAGGUAGUUUACAAGAGAGAUCCCAAUGAGCCUUAUAGUUUAGGGCCUAAGAUAUCGAAUUGGGAUCAACAGAGAGCAGAAUGGUUGAAGAAAAAUCCGAACUUCCCGAAUUUCGUCAGCCCAAGUAAGCCCCGGGUGUUGUUGGUUACUGGGUCAUCUCCUAAGCCUUGUGAGAAUCCUGUUGGAGAUCAUUACUUGUUGAAGUCGAUUAAGAAUAAGAUUGAUUACUGCAGGAUACAUGGGAUUGAGAUUUUCUAUAAUAUGGCUUUGCUUGAUGCGGAAAUGGCCGGUUUCUGGGCCAAAUUGCCUUUGAUUAGGAAGCUUUUGCUUUCCCAUCCGGAAGUGGAGUUCCUUUGGUGGAUGGAUAGUGAUGCGAUGUUCACAGAUAUGGUCUUUGAAUUGCCCUGGGAGAGAUAUAAAGAUCAUAACUUUGUGCUGCAUGGCUGGAAUGAGAAGGUUUAUGAUGAUAAGAAUUGGAUUGGGUUGAACACUGGUAGUUUCUUGCUGAGGAAUUGCCAAUGGUCUUUGGAUCUUCUCGAUAUAUGGGCUCCUAUGGGUCCUAAAGGAAAGAUUAGGGAUGAGGCAGGGGAGCUUCUGACUCGGGAGCUUGCAGGUAGGCCUACUUUUGAAGCUGACGAUCAGUCUGCAAUGGUGUAUAUAUUGGCUACUCAAAAGGAGAAGUGGGGUGAUAAGGUGUAUCUUGAGAGUGCUUAUUAUCUGCAUGGUUAUUGGGGGAUUUUGGUGGAUAGGUACGAGGAAAUGAUUGAGAAUUACCAUCCUGGUCUUGGUGAUCAUCGGUGGCCACUUGUCACGCACUUUGUGGGUUGCAAGCCUUGUGUAAAAUUCGGUGAUUAUUCGGUGGAGCGGUGUUUCAAGCAGAUGGAUAGAGCCUUUAACUUCGCCGACAAUCAGGUACUCCAGAUGUAUGGAUUUGCUCAUAAAACAUUGGCUAGUAAGAAGGUGAAGAGGAUCCGUAACGAGACAAGUAAUCCUACUGAGCUCACCGAUGAACUAGGCCUGCUUCACCCUUCAUUUAGAGCUGUUAAGGUAUCAAAUUCUUAGUACAUGAUCAGAAGGGGUGCUAAAGGGAUUCAAUAUUAGCUUUUAUCUGUUCUGGUGGCUCAUUUUUUUGUUGACGGUUUCACUUGUAGUAGGUGUUAUAUAUAUUGUGGUAAUUGCAUAUUACUUGCCGUGGAGCUCUGGUUCUUGUAUUACUUCAUUUUUCACAUUCUUUUAUGUGAAAUAGUCUUAAAGAAAGCAAUAGCCUAAAUUCAAUUAUAUUAUGUUUUGCUGCGAAUGUUGAUUAUAUUUAUUUUGUUGAGGCAAUCCUUACUAGUUCGUUGACAACUAAUUAGCUCCCCUGAUUAUUAAAGUAUAAUUACUACCAUAUACGCCGAAAUUGCCUGUGAGGUUGCCUUGUCUGUAAUUAGAUUCUGUAAUCCAUCUUUGAAUUCAGUAUGCCGCUCCCAUUUAUUGUGCAAUGAUCAAUGUAAUUUAUAGCACCACAGAAUCAAUGAGUAGAAUUUGAUUAUUUGUCUAUGUUGGGUUCCUUAAAUGUAUUCUAGUAAUGUUUGCUUGUUUCGGUUGUUUGUCUGUUAGUUGAUUCUUUUGUUAUCUUGUGGCUCUAGACAGCUGUUGCAAUGAAUUUAUUCUACUUUUGACUUUUGAUAGUCUUCAAAUCUUACCUUCUAUUUCCUAUUGCAAAUGACAUUUGUGGCGUGUAACUGAAGACCAUGCAACUUAUUACGUUUCAUGAAAGAAUCUUUCUUCUAGGGCUUGCUCUGCUUGAAGUUUCCUGAAAAUACAGAAAAUCUAUGGAACAUUACACACCACAAACCCGAUGACUGCAAAUGUUCACUGUAAAAGUAAUCUAAAAUUAACUUCUAUUGUUUAGUAGUUUUCGCCUUUUGAGUUUGCAUGUAGAAGGAAUGGUUGUUUUGAUGAUUAGUGGUUUGUAGAGUAAAAGUAAACUUUGAAAAGUUGCUAAAUGAACUAAGCCUGUGAGCUCUGAGCUGCGAUUUUGCUGCUACUGGAUUGCAUUAGCUAGAGCAGUAUUUGAGAGUGACUUAUAGUAUUCUGGAAUACGUGGCAUAAGAAGAGUAAUGAAAGGAACUGAAUCGUCUUUUUGUAUAUUAAUUUGGUAUAAUUGGAACUGUGUCAAGGCAUUUCAGAUUUUCCUUCAUUCUGUUUUCUCCUUUGGUGUGUCCCAAACAAUUUGCUUGCCUCUGAUCUUCUCUGAGCAGUGCAACUUUAUCUUAAGGCUUCUUUCUAAUUAAAGUUGUAUAAAAGGCAACAAUUUUCUUCUAUUGAAUCGAAAGAUUGUGGCUUCGAAUUAAUUUCCACUCCACCCGAUCCUAAAAGCAUUCUAAAGAUUUAGCUUGACUAUUCUUGUUGUCAACCACCUUUGGUUGAAAGUUUAACAGGACUCCUGUUAGAUGUCUUCUUGGCUGUGUAUUGCAGUAUUACCUGUUGAUGUUUUCUUUAGUUUUAGUCUGAGGAUAAGUUUUAGCUGGGAACAUAGUUUGCACUAUUAUUGUUGUCAACCACCUUUGGUUGAAAGUUUAACAGGGCUCCUAUUAGAUGUCUUCUUGGUUGUGUAUUGCAGUGUUACCUGUUGAUGUUUUCUUCAGUUUUAGUCUGAGGAUUAGUUUUAGCCGGGAACAUAGUGCUUUUAUGUGUCAGAUUUAGGUUAGUGGUUGAUUCCUAUCAUAGCUUUGGAUGGAUAAUGCAGAAUAGCCUUUUUGAGUGUAACCUGAGGUCCAGACUUUAAACAGCAGGAAUUUGGUUUGUCGAUCUCUUCCUGAUGUUCUUGAGUGGUUUAAACCGUUGCCAAUCAUUGAAGCUGGGUUAUUGUAGACCGAAACCUUUGGAAAAUGUGGCGAAAUGGUUGCGCUACUAGAUUUGUUAAAUUUUAUUGGCUAUCGUAGCCUGAUUGUAAUGUGAUUGUUCUGUUUUCGAGAAUCUUCAUUCCUUCUUCCUGCUUGAUGUAAUAAGCCAGAGUGCAAAAUGCUUAAGAAUGAGCAACAAGCUCCUUGGUGCCAUACUUCUUGAGCAAAGACCUGUCCAUUACUUGACUUGGACAUAAUAAAAGAUUACUAGAAGUACAAGAGACUCAUGAAGGCCAUUGAUGGAGGUAUAAGAAUACUGCCUUAAUUGUCCUCUACUCCUCUGUUUUAAGACGGAAAUUCAUUAGUGUUACCGUCUUAAAAUAACGUGUUUUAUGUUAAACAAUACUACUAUCCUUUACUCCCUCCAUCCUAUAAUUAUUGUCCAGUUUGAGUUU